GCGGCCGCUGGCAGGACGAGCCUCCGGAGCAGGAGGAGGAGUUCCAGGAGAACCCGUGGGAGGACCCGGAGCUGCCGCCGCCCGAGCACGAGGAGGAGGAGGAGGGCGCGUGGCCCGAGGCGGCGCCCGAGGAGGCGCCCGAGGAGGCGUGGGACGAGCCACCACCGGAGGAAGACCCGCCGGAGGAGGACGAGUGGCCGGAGGAGGAGGCCGCGCCCGAGGAGCCCGAGGAGGAGGCCGAGGCCGAGCCCGAGCCCGGGGACGGCGAGCAGGCUUGGCCACCAUGGCGAGACUCGUACGGCGAGGACGAGGAGUUCGACCGAGAGUACGACGGCGUCGAGAUGGCAGAAGAGGACUGGGACAACGACGCGGACAUGGAGGGCAAGGACGGCGCGGAUGGGGCCGAGGAGAAG